UUGGGUUUUUGGAUGUUAUCGGGUGUCGGGGAAGACUGAGGGAAAUCAGUGGUUAUUUUUAUUUUGCAACUGCGUGUUUUCCUCCCCGUUACGCGUAUCGCGCAAGUAGAGGAUGAAAAUUUCGAUAAAAAGGUGGCAGAAAGUUUAUAGUUUAUGGUUUUAAUUAAAGUGUGCAUAUUUACGAAGAAACUUUUCCUGUUUUAUUUCGUGAAUGAUCGGCUGAGAAAUUGUGCUGCAAUUUUAUGCCCAAUCUAGUAUUUAUCGGUGGAGAAUCAACAGUUGAGAGAAGCCUGCAAAAUGUCGUACCGAAUUCUUCGCAAGCUGCAGGGAAACGAGCUCGAGAUUAAAGAGCAGAUCGAUGAGGUUUCAGAUGGGGCCGAUGCUGACUCGAUAGAGACCAACAGCAUCGGUAGUCAGAGUCGUAAUAAGAUCAAUAUCAAUCGGUUUGAUCUGUUAAACCAACAGCAGUCACUUUCGGAAAGUGAAGUCAAGGAGGAUGACAAUGACGAAACUGAACGCGACGGAGCCGGCGGAACGCAAAAUAGCAAUCUUGUAGAGUCUAAGAAGAAGAAGAAAAAGAAGAAGAAGCGUACCGGCAAAUACGUGGCUAGUUCGGCUCGGCGAAGCAGCGAAGACAACGCGGAUGCUGAAGACGAUUUCACGAAAACCGUCAAAGAGGUGGAUAAAUUGUUUGCUGAUCGAUAUGGAAAAUCUGAAAACAGUCCGGCUGCGGCAAACAACCUCAGUCAUGCAGGUACAACAGGAUCUGGGUCGACGAGAGCGCUACUGACGAUCCAGCAUAAGAACCUCAAUCCGCAGUAUGAAAUGAAGCGGAUGUUUGGAAGCAAAGUCGUGGCUGAUCAACAAAACAAAAGACGGAAUAAUCGCGGUACUCAGCGUAUUUUGAAAUCUACGUAUUUGGUUAAUCCCAAAGAUAAUUGGCCUCCGGUUGGUAAGUCGGGAAUCUAUAUGAAUUUGGUACAAGCUCCGGAGCAGCAAGCUGGCAGUACUGGGUUAAACAAUUCAAGAGGAACGUCGGAUAAAAGUAUAAUUUAUUUCGCUUUCGAGCACAGUCCAUCAUAUCGCCAAAUUCAGCAAAAGUUUUUAAAUGCAGUUGAAAGCAUGGACUCGGAUAACAUUAUCAAAAUUAUUAAUCAGCAUCCUUAUCAUGUGGAUUCCUUGAUUCAGCUGAGUGAGUUGUGCAAAAUGUCCGAAGACCACGCCAUGGCGUCAGAGUUGAUCGAACAUGCACUGCUCCCGUUAGAAUCCUCGUUCCAUACAAUGUUUAGUUUGACUCAGGGAAACUGUCGAUUGGAUUAUCGUCGUCAAGAGAAUCGAGCCUUGUUCAUCACACUGUUCAAGCACUCCCAGUAUCUGGAAUCCCGUGCAUGCUCUCGAACCGCACUAGAGGUGGCCAAAUUGAUUCUGUCCUUCGAUCCGAUAAACGACCCUCUAGCGAUCAUUCUGAUAAUCGAUUAUUAUGCGAUUCGUGCCAAGCAGUAUGAAUGGCUAGUUCAGUUGUACGAGGAGUGGGAAGUGACGAAUAAUCUGUCACAGUUGCCAAACAUGGCAUACUCGUACGCGUUGGCACUGUUCCAUCUGAAGCAGACGGAAGCGGCCGAUCGUGCGUUGCAAUACGCGUUGCUGAUGUUCCCUGCGGUGCUGCGAAUGCUGCUGGAAGAGCUCUCCAUUCAGUCGGAUUCGCGCGUCAACAGUCACAGCUAUUUUGCGGCCUACUCUUACGAUAAAGCUACCGUUGCCCUGCAACAGCUCAUUUCAAUGUACGUCUGCCGGUCGAAGCUGAUCUGGAGAGAUACCGAACUUUUACCGUGGUUGGAGCGGAACGUUGGCGUCGUACUGGAUCGGGUGGAUGCUAAGGAUGAAGUUGUGGCCGAAUAUACCGCCAAGCGGAAUCAGAGGUACAUGAAUCCACCUCGCGCAAUAUUGCGGCACAUUGUAUUGUCAGAUUUCAAAGAGAAAGUACCUUUGGCACAAUUUAUAAAAAAAGAAACGGAGCCAGUUUUGAUGUACGACCCACUGCCUCCACUGGAUUCGAUCAACAUUUACAAUAGGCCCAGCAUAAGUCCCACAACUCGUAACGUGAUAAAUGCAUCACCAUUCUCCAUGUUUUUCCAAUCGCUACUACCGAGUUUCAGUCUGCAGCAGCAACAGCAGCCAGGGCAGCUGCCAAUCCGUAACCGAGAGCUAGGAGAAGGUCCUGCAGGUGCUCUAGCGGCAGCUGGAGCAGGUGGUGGCGAGGGCGCGAUUGCAGGUCUUCAAGCGUACACGAACUCGCUCAAUUCGAUCGUCGAUGCCAUGCGGGACUUCUUGUCGGAUAUCCGCGUGCUAGAGCGACCGAACGAUGCCGACGUGGAUGAUGACGAGAGCACGGAUGAGAACGAGCAGAACAACUAUCUGACGUAAAUUGUUGUGUUGGCUAACUAUAACUUUUAUGUUUCUAGAGCUACUUUUUUUUUUCAAAAUUUAGAAGCUAAAAAAGUGUACAUGUGAUUUCGAAAUUUGAUGAAGUCAAAUUUUUAAAAAGCAGGAUAAGUUUUUUCGCCCAUUUAUUUUGAUAUGAAAUUAUUGUUUGUUAGUUUUAGUCUCAGAAAGGAUGAUAUAUCAUUGUUGAUUUGGAACGCCAUUAAAUAACAGAAAAAAAACUAGGAAAUCAUUUUUUAUAAACUAAUAUGUUUAAAAAAAAAAGGUUGAAAUGUUAAUUCUCUCUGCACAUGAAAAAAAAUCACCAUUUGUCGAUUCAUGACCGGUAAUGGUCAACACUACCGCUUAUUAUGUAUAACCAAUGGCUAAAAAUAUGUAAUAUGUAACAUAAUCAAGUCAGGUUCUGUGUAUUGUGCACUGAAAUGAGUUUAAGGAUAAAAUUUCCAAAUUAUAUUAAAGAAUAUUAAAAAAUCAAAAAAAAUCAGAAUAAAGCUUUUUCAAAUGUUCAUUGCAUUACACGCGAUCAAACAGUUUGGAUCGUAUUUAUCAAAAAGGAAAAAAAAUCAAAUCAGUUGAUGGUAUAUAUAUUUACAUACUCUUCAUGGCGAAAUCAAGCAGCCACAAGUAUAUUGUCUGAACGUAAAAGUUAUAAAAAAAUAUAGACGUUUUUUUUUAGCUUCAUUAGUACUUGCUCCAGUAUAGAACAAAGCAUAAUCCGUAUUUACCAAAAUGAUUCAGCACACAGAUGGUAAUGUUUAAUCUUUACCGAAAGAUGGCAAAAUAAUCUUAUCAAUAUUUUGAGAUAUAAGAACAAUAAAUUCAAUCAAUUCGUGAA